AUGGAACCCGUGGGCGUGCCGACAGCCCACAAACACACUCCUAAAGCUCCUCACCCGCCAAUGCGGGACGCAGCCGACGAUGAUUUGGAUUGUUCGGGGGACGAGGGAGGAGAACGCGUCUCAAAGACGAGCGUCCGGGCGCCGCCUCCGCAGCCACAGAAAUCCAACCAGCCCGCCCUCAUCGCAAAGUCUUCAAUCUUAUUGGACGUGAAGCCCUGGGACGACGAGACUGACAUGAAGAAGAUGGAGGAGUGUGUGAGGAGUCUGCAGAUGGAUGGACUGGUGUGGGGACAAGCUAAACUGGUUCCAGUAGGAUACGGCAUCAAGAAACUGCAGAUCAACUGUGUGGUGGAGGACGACAAGGUGGGCACAGACCUCCUGGAGGAGCACAUCACAGCCUUCGAGGACCUGGUGCAGUCGGUCGAUGUCGCCGCCUUCAACAAAAUCUGA